AUGUCAGACAACUCAAUUGCCAAAUUACCUAACCUUGAACUCGCGCAUUACCGGUUCAUUUUGAAUAAUCCCAAAACUCCAGAACAACAUGAAGAAGUUAAAACAAAGUUGUUUGAUAUAAUUGAUGAAAACAAUAUGGCGCCAUUUUACCAACUUGUAACUGAAGAACUCAAGAUUACGUUAAACAAAACCUUGUUAACCAAAUAUCAAGAUGCCAAUAAAGAAGAGUUACAAAAAUUAGAAGAGCGACUGGAAGAUGCCGAAAAAAAUCUUGGUGAAACAGAAAUAAGCGAUGCAUUAUUAGCCAAAGCCGAUUACUUUGCUAAAAUUGGGGAUAAAGAAAAAGCAUUAGCGGCAUAUCGAGUUGCAUUAGAGAAAACUGCAGGAUUAGGUUCUCGAAUUGAUAUAAUCUUUUCAUUUGUAAGGAUUGGAUUCUUUUUUAAUGAUAAUGACCUUAUUAGUCGUACUAUUGAAAAAGCAAGAAGUAUGAUCGAAGAAGGUGGUGAUUGGGAUCGACGUAAUCGCCUUAAAGUUUAUGAAGGCAUAUAUCGAUUAUCAAUACGUGAUUUUAAAACAGCAGCAAAUUUAUUUCUUGAUACACUUUCAACCUUUAUGUCAACUGAAUUAAUGGAAUAUAAAGAUUUUGUAAAAUAUUCAGUUUUAGCAGGAAUUAUUUCUCUUAGUCGAGUUGAUUUAAAAAAAAAGGUUAUUGAUGCACCAGAAGUAUUGGAAGUAUUAGACGAGAUUCCAUAUUUAAAAGAUUUUAUCAAUUCACUUUAUAAUUGUGAAUAUGCAAAAUUCUUUCAGGCCCUUGCUGACGUUGAACGAAGUCACCUUCGUACAUCAAGAUAUUUAUUCUCACAUCUUCGGUAUUACGUACGUGAAAUGCGAAUAAUUGCAUAUGCACAACUUUUAGAAUCAUAUCGUUCGCUUACUAUGGAAAGCAUGGCAAAUGCUUUUGGUGUUUCAGAAGACUUUAUUGACAAUGAUCUUUCCAAAUUUAUUGCAGCCGGACGUCUUAAUUGUGUUAUUGAUAAAGUGAAUGGGAUUGUGGAAACAAAUAGACCGGAUGCUAAGAAUGCAAAGUAUCAGCAAACAAUCAAACAAGGAGAUAUACUGUUGAAUCGUAUUCAAAAAUUAUCAAGAGUUAUUAAUGUAUAG